AUGCUUCGUCGAAAGCCAACGGCUAUUGCUAUAACUUCUGAAGACAUUGCUGCCUUUGAAGAAGCCAGACUUCGGAAACUGUCUGAAGAAAACAAACACCCAGAACAACACGCAAAAGGGUCCUCCAAUGCCAACCUUGACCCCAGCGAUGAGCUGAAACCACUCCCUGGUGACAAGGCUAGGAUUAUUCGGACCCGUGAAGAGAGGAUAGGCAUUAGUCGGCGUGGCUGA